AUGGACACAGCCAAUUUAUCUACAUUAUUGGAGCAACUGGAUGAUCAUGUUGAUGAUCUGGAGGAGGCACUCGACCCGUGCUUGGGCCAACCUCUGUCUAGGAAAUCCAAACAUUUGCCCUUAAUGGACAAUGCAAAACUCCACGUCCUGAUCACCUACACACUUGAGUCAUUAAUUUUUUCUUAUCUUCGACUGCACGGCGUCGAGGCUAAACAACACCCUGUUUUCCGGGAACUCACGAGGGUGAAGCAAUAUUUUCAAAAGAUUAAAAGCCUCGAAACCGAGCCUGAACAACGUACCAUGACACUUGAUAAGGGUGCAGCAGGUCGGUUCAUCAAGCACGGUCUCGCUGGUAACGACAAAUAUGAUUUGGAGCGCGCCGAGAGAGAGGCCAAGGAAAAAGCACGCGCGACUUUCAAGGCUGCCAUGAUUGCCAAAAAAAUGACGGCGCAGUCACAAUCUUCCUUGGCCAGUAAUGAUGACACUCAAGGCACUGAAGAUGCUGCCGCGCAAAGCCCUGCCAAUUCGAGCCACGAUCAUGUCGACACAAUGGAUUCUGAUGCUUCGCCAAGUUCAUCCGACCGGGCAAAACAAGCAAAGCACAAUAAGAGGGAUCAUAAGGCCAAGGCCAAGAGCAAGAAGUCACGGAAACUCAACAAAGCCGAACGCAAUGAUGAGAAAAAAGAGCGCCGACAAAAAAAAGAAAUGGCCCGUAAGGCCCACAUGGCUACCUGA